CAUUUCAGGCUAUGUCUUCGUUAUUAGCGCCGACAGCUUUAGCCUUUUACAGACACCGUCAAAACUUAACAGACUUUGACAAGGAAAGACCGAAAAAUCUUAAUUCAAUUUACAAGGCCGUUCUGGAUAAAAUAGACGUUCUAAAGGACAAUUUAGAUGAUAUUGAAUUAGAGUUUUUCGAUGGACGGAGAGUUGAUAUCUACUUACGAACUUUGGUUCAGCACUUAAAGCGUCUACAAAAGCAGACAAACGUAAACAAUUUGAACGCCGCAUGGCAAGUUGACGAUAUAGCGACAAAAAUAGCAGCAAAUCCGGGAGAAGAUUUUCAAAAUAAUAUAUUAUCAAUGAAAGUACUCAGGGAAUAUCAUAAUAAAUUAUUACAAUUUGUUCCGGAUAAAUUCGAAAGUGUCUUGGAAGAUAUCGGACACAUUUUAUCGUUCUUAUCAAGAUAUUGUCUAUCAUUUUACACCGAAAAUUACGAUUCGUAUUUGGAAACUGCGCAACAUUACAACAAAAAACAGACCGAAUUCAAUAACGCUAUUAAGGAUCAUAUAGAGAAUGUUACGUCAAUGUCUAAGUCGUAUAGGUCUCAUUUGGGUCUUCAAGCGGAUCAAUUUGGUUUAACGUCAAACGACUAUGCCAGACGAAUCGAUUGCGGAGAAUUAUCUAUAGUCCUUGUAAUACCGCAAGCUUUAGCUAACCUAAGAAACGCCUUAAAGGGUAUAAAAUUAUGGAUAGAAGCCGAUAGGGAAUAUGCAACUUAUAUAAAACAAGAUAUAACAGAUUUAGAAGGAAAAUUACAAGAUCAGUUAAAGAUUGUUGAACAAUCAAGAAGAAGAUAUUUUCAUUCCGAUGUCUUAUUUAAAAGAGCUACAAAAGAUUUUGAACAACAAAAACAAGAAAUGUCUAAAACAAAGGAGAAAGAAAUAAAAUUAACAAAAGAGUAUGAAGAAUUGUUAAGUGAACAUAGAUUUCUUCGAAUGGAUAUUGAUCUAUUGAGAGAAAGAAUAGACGAUGUGAAAAACGAGGAAGCGGCUAUUGAAAAAGUUGAAAAGUUGACAAGUGAAAAAUUACAAUUAAUUAAUCAAAUUCCAUUAUUGGAUAAAAAAUUUGAAAGGAAUAAAAAGAAAAUGUACUAUAUAACAGAAAGGAAAAAAUUGGUUGAAUUGAAAAAUGAUGAAUACAAAAGAGCUAAAAAAUCAUUUGAUUUAGCUAAAAGCGAAUAUGAAAGAGAUGAUUUUGAAUUGAAUAGAAUUCAAAAUUGCUUAGCUUCUUUAAAGAAUAUAUAUAUAUUUAAAACAAAUGCUGCUUCUCUAAAGAAGAUUUUCCAUAAUAUGCCUGUAACUAAUAGAAAAAUAUAUAAAGCUCAAAGUCAUAUACAACCAAAGAUAAUUCCUCAUAUAACGACAAAAGAAGAAUCUAUCGGGAAACAGCCGAAAGCUAAAGGUUAUCAAUUUGAUAAAUAUUUGAAGUUUGUGGCGAAAUUGUUACAACAAGACUGGAUACGCUUGUACAGAGUAUUGCCUUUUUUUCCACCUAGGGGAGAGACAACAAUAGAAUCAGACAUUGAUAAGAUAAAUCAAGAAUACUAUAGGAAUUUAGUUGAAUAUCAGGCUCUGGAAAGUUUAAGGUUAUGGAGGAGAGUACAUUCUAGAGCCAGUUUACACGCUUUGAAAUCGAGCCUAAUAGAAAUCAAUAAAGAAAAUAUUGCACAGCAAAUUGACGAGAAAAUAGAAGAUAUGAAAAAGAGAAAGAUGCUUAGAGAAGAUGCAAAAAGUAACUGGGCAAAUAUUAAACUAAAAACAUUAUUUGUCGGUAAAUUAAAGACAAUUUAA